AGAUGGAUCAUAGCUGGUGCCGUGUCCUCGUAGAUAUGGACCCAACAGACUUGUAGUUUGCUAUACGUACUUACUUCAUUCACAUCCAGUUCGGAAAAAACGAUACUUCUCCGCCUCCAAUACUUCUGACCCGGAACAAGGGGGAUCGACUCUGCGGGUGCGGGUUGCGGGGGUGUGUCCUAGAGUGCGGUGGAACAGCAUAAGGAUGGAGUUGAGCGGCGGACACUCCGCUGCGUCGGUACACAUAGGAACUCGCGCGGCAAGCAGCUCUACUUCGACAGCAGAUCGUUACGUCGAAUUCCCGUCUUUUCCACAGGAUCCAUUACGAAUCAAGAAUGAAGUCGAUGGAACCUCCCAGGGCGACGAAGCGUGGUCUUCGACUGGCGGCAACGCCUCGCAAAACCCUUCCUUUUCGUCCUGUUUCCCCCGUUCCUUCGUCCAGACCCAGAGCGCAACCCUAGCGAAUCUGAACAGGACAGCCGGUGUGGCACGAGGUGUUGAAAAUGCGGGUGGCAGCACUGCGUGUAACAACUUGGUGGACGACGGCGCGGCAGCCGCGGUUUCGGAAAAUGCGCUUCCGCUGAAGCACACCAGUAACAGUAUCCUGCAAGAAAUGGCAAACGAGGCCGGUCUUGACGAGGUUUCUUCAGCAACAUUAGCGUGCUCCUCCUCGACGAAAAGGUCCGCGAGCAACGUCUCCUGUACGAGUUUGAUCUGCAGCAGCACCGAAAAGCAAUUCUACGUGAAAAUGGAGCUGGCUCGGGCCAGGGACCUGUUCUCCAUCCCCGAGUCCGUCCUGGGCUAUUCGUUGACUGUCGAAGCCAGCGGGACGAGAUUCACACACAACAGUGCGGAAUCCUCAAAGGCGACGAAGCGACUGAACCCCCCCCCCCCUUUUCCUCGACGCAGGGAGGCAAAAAAAAGAUGA